GGUUGGACAGUUUAGGAUCGGUUUGAAAUUCGAAAAAUGCUGAAUGCGACUUCAAGAAUAAACGGACGAACAUCGACCAAAUAGAUUACUUCGGUAAAGACAAUAUAGCCUUGAUCAUUUGUUCCUAUAUACUGCAGAACUAGACUUAGUGACCCGCGGYGAAAGGAAAGUUAGUUGUCUCUACCUCAUAGCAACGAAGGACGCACAAUAACAUACUUGCACCAUGGCAAAUGCGUCAUCGAAAGAGGUAUUUUCAGAUGUUACUCUCACUGUAGAUCCAAACACUUUCAUAGAGCCUAACCAGGUGAAGUACAUUCUCACUGAACGUGGUAACCGCGUUACAGGAACCUUGCAUUACGAAGUGCAGGGAUCAUUUGAUGAAAUAGAGGACCUAUUUGUGAAGAUGUCAAGUCUAGACAGAUAUGUUGCUGCCCCCAAUCUCAGAGACAGUCCUCUUCGUCACCAACAGCGUUCUCYGUCACCUACUUCAGUGAAACCAGUGCCGAUAGUUGGAGUCGUUUGGGACUUUAUCCAACAGAGAUGCUCAAAGGAGCUGAAGAGAAUCCAAGGGGAAGACGUCUUAAUUAAUAAACCUGGUGACAAAAUGGUGGUGACCUUUCAAAGCCACAGAAAAGACCCGGUUCGGGUUCAUUUCGCCAGAGAGCGCUUUGUCACGUUCUAUCAGAGACUCGCUACAGAUCUGAAAGUGAAGACUUACAGGUUGGAUCCACAACACUACAAAAGCUUGCAGGGACAGUUUCCUGAACUUUUGAUUGAAGGAAGCCCCAGUAAAGACAACAUUACAGUGACAGGGCGUUAUAUACAUAUUGUGCUAUUGGAGGAUUUUCUACGGCGCUGUUCCAGUUCCGCCGUGACAUCACAACGACCCCUGACACCCCAGAGAGUUAGCGCCCGAGCCUCUGGUACUACGCGCAACAAGCAGUCGGACGAGGAAGAAGAGUCAUGUCCGAUUUGUCUGGACGCCAUUAAAGAGAACACAAAGGAGACGUUGAAAUGUAAACACUCGUUCUGUAGAGGCUGUCUGGAGCAGGCGUUCAAGACCAAACCUGUCUGUCCAACCUGUGGGGCAGUCUAUGGGGAAUUGAAAGGGACGCAGCCAAAUGGCGGUACUAUGACUGUUACUAAGGAAAGAUCUUGUUUGUCUGGAUAUGAGACGUAUGGAACAAUCGUGAUUCAGUACCACAUUCCAAGUGGAAUACAGAAGGAGGAGCAUCCCAACCCGGGUCAGACUUACCAUGGUGCAUCACGUACAGCGUAUCUCCCAGAUUCCUCAGAGGGUAGGAAUGUUCUGGCUCUCCUGGCCAGGGCCUUCGAGCAGCGACUCACGUUCACUAUUGGCCGAUCUUCCACCACAGGCAUGGAAAACAUGGUCACGUGGAACGAUAUCCACCAUAAAACCUCCAGAAGCGGAGGCACCAGUUGCUAUGGUUACCCUGACCCUGACUACCUGAGACGUCUACAGGAUGAACUGAAGGUCAAGGGGAUCUAUUGACAUCUCGUCUYCAUGUCUCGCAACUACCGAUAUGCAAGAAUGAAGAAAAAGAGGUCACGAAUACAUGUGGUACACACAGCUGCUCUCGGUUAACUCUUGUGUUACUGAUAUUACAUUUGUGAAAUCAGGAUUGUUACGUUCCCCAACAAGAAACAGAAGAGGAACUUAACAGUCACUGAUAAUCAGAACAAAACAGGUUUUUAGGAGGGGUACUGGAAGACACUCUGUACACUGAGAGUUGACUAGCAUCAACAACUGGAAAACUAACGACACCCACCGUACUAACGACACCCACCAUGAGCGCCCACUAGAUCUGCCGAGAAGAGGCAAACAAAAGGCCACACCAAACWUAAAGACAGGAAAACAAAACAAAAAGGUGAGCAAAACACAAAAAACAGGGAGAUCAGACAAAGGAAUGUUUGUGUAGAAAUCACACAGGGAGCGCCAACUAAAAGGUGUUAACCCUCCACAUCUCUCAAGACAACCAGAGCACUGGGCUAGCCACUCUUAAAUAUCACCUGGGCCAGCACAGGUAAAACAUCUUACCACUAACGAGACGGCAACCAGCAUAAGUGUAACACAUACUAACGAGGUGACACCACUCGGUGUGCCCUACGUGCUGACGUGCUGAAAAAACAAAAACCUUGACCAAAGUUUUAUUUGUAGGCUGCCACUCAAAAGAAAACAACACUAAGAAAUACACRGAGUUUAAGAUGUAAUAAAAUAACAAAAAAAUAAUCCCAUCCCCCCCCCCCAUCUCCAUCCAACUCCCACUUACAGAAACCAUUCUGAGUAAAGAAAUUAACAAAUUGUGGUUUCUCAGCAAGUUUUAAUUUAUUGAACAUAAACAAGUACAUAAGCUACUAUUUUCAUAACUUGUAAAAAGCCCCAAAAAGCUGAAUUCAUUUGCAGAAUAAAGAAAAAGCCAUAAAAA